UCUGUUUAGCUGUCAGUUUCGUGUUUGAAGCUCUACAAAAUUUGUUAGUUUAGAAUGUCGGCGGAUAAACAUUUAGAAAUUGUAGAAUUCAGCUUGGCAGAUGAGAGUGCGGCAAAAAUAAAAGCAGCAGCGGCAGCAGCAGACGAAAAAGCGCCAAAAUCAUUUAAAACAUCCGAGAAAGAGAACUGUAUUAGUAAAUCCCCGACAGCUGGCCUUGCCACAGCUGGUCAAACUGCAACAGAAAUAGCGAGGGCAGCAGCAACUGCAUCAGUUAGUGCAGGGGCAACGCCAUCGAAGGCGGGGCCGGCCACGCCCAGCAACGCCACGGUUCGUCACAGCAGUCAGGCAGCCGGCCACGAUGCGACCGAUGGCAUGGGCAAUGGCACGGAGCUCAAGUUUCAGUCGUAUGUAAAUGGCAACGGCAACGGAGUAUACAAGAUCAUCAAGACGCUGGGCAAGGGCAACUUUGCCAAGGUGAAGCUGGCCCUCCACGUGCCCACCGGCCGCGAGGUGGCCAUCAAGGUGAUAGACAAGACGCAGCUCAAUACUAGCGCCAGGCAGAAGCUUUACCGCGAGGUGCGCAUCAUGAAGCUGCUCAACCACCCGAACAUUGUUCGCCUAUUUCAAGUGAUCGAGUCGGAGCGCACGCUCUACCUGAUCAUGGAAUACGCCAGUCGCGGCGAGCUAUUCGAUCACCUGGUCAAGAACGGACGCAUGCGGGAACGCGACGCUCGCCUCAUCUUUCGGCAGCUGGUCUCGGCCAUUCAGUAUUGCCACAGCAAGUUUGUGGUCCAUCGCGAUCUAAAGGCUGAGAAUCUGUUGCUCGAUCAGCAAAUGAAUAUCAAGAUCGCUGACUUCGGAUUUGGCAACACCUUCGAUCCCAAUGCCCAGCUGGAGACCUUUUGUGGCAGUCCGCCGUAUGCGGCGCCGGAGCUCUUUAUGGGUCGCAAGUAUGCGGGACCAGAGGUCGACGCCUGGUCGCUGGGCGUGGUCCUAUACACGCUGGUCAGUGGCUCCCUGCCUUUCGAUGGUGGCACACUCAAAGAGCUGCGCGAGCGAGUGCUGCGCGGCAAGUACCGCGUGCCUUACUACAUCUCAAUGGACUGUGAAAAUCUGAUGCGCAAGUUUCUUGUGCUGAAUCCAGCUAAGCGCACUACACUCAACCAUGUCAUGAGCGACAAGUGGAUCAAUCUGGGCCACGAGGAGGCCGACCGACUGCGACCGUAUCGCGAGAAGCCGAUGGAGCUACAGGACGCAGUUCGUCUCGAGCUGCUGGUCAACAUGGGCUACAAGCGGCGCGACGUCGAGGCAUCCCUUAGAAGUCAAGCCUUUGAUGACAUCUACUGCACCUACAUGCUGCUCGGCGUGACAAAGCCACGCAGCACCCGCCAAACAUCGUCGGAGACAACCACUUCAGACAGCUCCUCUUCCAGCGCACUGCCUAUUGCCAGUUGUGUGCAGGUGACGCUGCCGCUCGAGAAGAGCCUCUCGGCAACGAAUCGCCCUUUGCCGCCUCGCGUGGCUAAUGCUCUGGCAACGGCCAGCCCUGCACACACCAUACACAGUCCAAGCACCACAGCUGCGGUAGCACCCCCCGCCAAGCCCACACGCCGUACACCCGCCCGCAAGCCAGCGUCAUCCAACUCAACCAACACCACCACUAGCACCACUACUAGCACCAGCACCAGCACCAGCACCAGCUCCAACGCAACCACCACGCCCAGUCGCAAUCGCUCCCCACUGACGCCGCAUGGCAAGCGUACAGUCGGAUCCAAUGGCUCUGGUGGCGUUGAUGUCAAGCCGACGCUGCUCAGUGCUCAGCGUCAGCUGGCCCAGGCGCAGAAGAUAGCUAAGAGUCCCCAGCGCUUCCAUUACCAGGGCUCGGGACGCCGGCCCAGCACGCUCUACGAGAAGGCUGAGCCGUGCACGCACACAAAUGGCAGUCAGGCGCCCAAGUCACCCAUGGAUGGGCGUCUCUUGGAGCGGCUGCACGUGAAUGGCCAAGCAGCUGGCGGCUGUAGCACUGCCCUUGGCCGAACCACGCCCAUGCCCACACCGGCACCGGCGGACAAGUCUUCCGAUAAGCCGUUUACGCGCAGCAACGUGGCGCGCGCCACGUUUCACUUUGGCCAGGGUCGCAGUGGCAAGCAUGGACGCGCCUCCAGCAACUGCGAGGAGGACGCCUAUCAGACGCCGCCACUAUCGGCGGACGACACGAAGCCCGCGUCUCGCGUGGGCUUCUUCUCCAAACUAACAGCGCGCUUUGGUCGCCGGGUCAUUCACCUGAACGAGAAGGAUAUCGCUGAGCAGCGCAAGAACUUGACCAAGUAGUAUUGAUAUAUAUAUAAAUAUAUAUCUAUUAA